AUGACUAUGGCAAAGGGUAGCAACAAUAAUCAUCAGCAACAAUCAUUAGAAGUUUCUAUUGAUGCUGCUGAUUCCAAGUUUUUUGAUGAUGAUGGUCAUUCAAAACGAUCAGGAAACAAAUGGACUGCAAGUGCACACAUAAUUACAGCGGUUAUUGGUUCUGGAGUGUUGUCGUUGGCAUGGGCUAUAGCUCAACUUGGAUGGAUUGCUGGUCCAUCAAUGAUGCUUCUAUUCUCAUUUGUUACUUACUAUGCCUCCACUCUUUUAUCGGUUUGUUACCGUACCGGUGACCAACUCAACGGCAAAAGAAACUACACUUACACUGAUGCCGUUAGAGCAUAUCUUGGUGGCUAUAAGGUUAAAAUGUGUGGACUUGUUCAAUAUGCUAAUCUUUUUGGUGUUUCCAUUGGAUACACUAUAGCAGCUUCCAUAAGCAUGAUGGCAAUUAAGAGGUCCAAUUGUUUUCAUAGCAGUGGAGGGAAAAAUCCAUGCCAUAUGAAUGGAAAUCUUUACAUGAUUUCUUUUGGUGUUGUGCAAAUACUUUUCUCUCAAAUUCCGGACUUUGAUCAACUAUGGUGGCUCUCUACUUUAGCCGCAGUUAUGUCUUUUACAUAUUCAGCAAUUGGUCUUGGCCUUGGUGUUGGUAAAGUUAUAGAAAACAACGGCAUUAAAGGAAGUCUAACUGGUAUAACAGUUGGUACCGUCACACAAACCCAAAAAGUUUGGAGGAGCUUCCAAGCUCUUGGUAACAUAGCUUUUGCAUAUUCCUACUCGAUGAUCCUCAUUGAAAUUCAGGACACAAUCAAAUCCCCUCCAACAGAGUCAAAAACAAUGAAAGCAGCUACUUUGAUCAGUGUUAUAGUCACAACAUUUUUCUACAUGCUAUGCGGUUGCUUCGGAUACGCGGCUUUCGGAGACAUGAGUCCCGGAAACCUACUCACCGGUUUCGGUUUCUAUAAUCCUUUCUGGUUACUCGACAUAGCCAAUGCCGCGAUUGUCAUCCACCUCGUUGGCGCUUUCCAGGUUUAUUGCCAACCUAUUUACUCAGCAGUGGAGAAAACCGCAGCCAAAAGAUUCCCAGAUAACGAUUUCAUCAACAAAGACAUUGAGAUUCCGAUCCCCGGAAUGGUCUCGCCUUUGAAAAUCAACCUCUUCAGAUUAGUCUGGAGGUCAUCUUUUGUGAUCGUCGUAACCGUAAUAUCAAUGCUUCUACCGUUCUUCAACGACAUUGUAGGACUUAUCGGAGCAAUUGGAUUUUGGCCUCUUACGGUCUAUUUUCCGGUGGAAAUGUACAUAGUUCAAAUGAAAAUACCAAAAUGGAGCACAAAAUGGAUUUGUCUACACAUGCUUAGUGCUGCUUGUCUUGUGAUUUCUUUAGCUGCUGCAGCUGGUUCUGUUGCUGGAAUUGUUGCUGAUCUUGGAGUUUACAAGCCAUUUCAUGCUAUGUAUUAG